AGUCGCAUGUCUAAAAACAAACAGAAAUUUGAAAAUGAUUCAAAGGAUACUAUAGUGCCUACACCUAUUUCUGUUUGUGGUGUAACUUUUGUGUUUCAACUUGCUAUGACAACCAGCCUAGCGGUGGGCGGCAAACGUACACUUUACAAACCAAACUAAUACAAGACCACCUCAGGUAGAGACAAAACUUUUUCCUGGGUUUGGAACAUGGAUUGACUGACUCGGUUGGAAUCUUGAUAUUUUACAAACAUAUUUGUUUUUGUACGUAACCACAAACGUGAGAGUGGACCGAAAAUUUUAAAAGCUGCUUGAAAUGAGAACUAGAGUACAGCGCAUGUAGAGACUAUAAUGUAUCACAAAUAGGAGUCUGAACAGAAUGAGUUGGAAACUGUUUUGUCUAACGUUUUCCUUUCUACGGAAUCACAUGGUUUAACGGUUGCAUGACUAUGCAUGCUUGCUGCAACCGGAGAAAGCCAUGAGAUGCUUUAAGGAAAUCCUCUAUCUAUCGAUUGGUACGAAGAAUCGCAUUUUGAAAGUUUGAAACCUAUUUUUGUCGAUACGUUUUAUCGACGAAAUGACCAUGACCAAGUUGAGUUGCUUUGUUCGAAUUGGCACGGACGAAAUACAUUACUUUGACGGAGUUUCCUGUUACAACAGACUGUUUAUUGAAGCUUACAUCUUUUCUCGUGCAAGCCCUCUUUGGUACGUCAAGUCACAUUCUACACAGCGCGCGAAUGGUAACGAUCAGGAGUAAAACGAAACUGAGAGACAAAUCAAUUUAUACAAUAAUGCAUCGAAAAGGAAUUGUUUUCUGCUUGGACUCUUUGCUUGCUUCCUCCUCUACUCUUCUAUAACUUCCUUUUGUCUCUACUAUACCUACUGUACUAGUAUCACCUACUACAAUUCUAUACCUACUUUACAUGUUUUCUCUCACUGGAUAUACCGCAGGUCACCGCGUACUCAUUAAACCAAUCUCUGAUAUUGACGAUUUCACCUAAUCGUACUUUACUGAGUUUGACGGAGACAACCUGUUCGUUCUAAAGAUACUAUACCGUGAUACACCAAACUUUCCUAUGCUCGCCACUAAAAUCAUGAUGUGGAUAUGACGGCGAAGAUCGUACUAGAUGGAGGCAGUUACAUCAACAAAGAAAAAUAGGUUUCGAUUAUGUUCGAUCACAUUCGAAUCAUAGUGUAGCCUUUUUUUUUCUCGAAGAAAGUGACAGCAGACAAGAGAAACAUGAAGCUCAAUCGUCUGCUGCUGUGCUGUGUUUCACGGCGUUCUUUUCUUUCAUUCUCUAUGGAACUCUAAAACUUCUUCCUCUAAGAGGAAUGGGGCUUCAAUUGCUUCUGUGUCGGGGCAUUGCGAAUUGUAGGUGAGUGUGGACUGUUUAGCUUAGCUUGUUUGGUCAGUUGCUCGUACUACUGUAAACACCAAAACCAUGUAGCUUGAGAAGACGCGUAGAAACUCGAUGGACCUACGCUCUUCGUUAGUAAAUUAUUGAAUUCUUUGUAGAAUGAGCGUGAUUGCUUCAGGUACAAUCAAGAGUACAGUUAGAAGAGAAAUUGGGUCGGAAACGACUAAAUUUCUUCCUCUAAGCCGUCAAAGAUGUACUGCUGUAACCCAUAUAGAAUGGUGGCCGUAACUAACCGCGGUUUGUUUACUGCGGUACGGAUGACAUUUACGUAACGCUGAUUGGAUCCUUAUCUGCGAAUUAAAAGACCUCGUAAUCCAUUCCGCCUCUAUUAUAAUUUUCAUCGCAACCCUAACCCUGAUCCAAUCCGGGACUUAUACCUACAUGUUCCCUCCUUCCCUCUACAAACAACAAUAAUUUUAGUUUGACUCGACUAACCCAGAAACAAAAUCGUUAUUUUUCACUAUCCUAAAAUAGUGAAUUAAGACUUAUUUGGAUAGUAUUUGAAGAAAUUACUAAAUUAGAGAGCCUGCUGCUGCAUGCGGGCAUCGCAGUAUCUUUGAAAACAUUUAUCUUUUAUUGCGAAGCUUCUGGUUAAGGUGCUGUGACAACAGUGGACUACUAUACAUGAACAGUGAGAAUAUUAUAUCUGUGAAGUCUUCGCAGGGGAAAGUGAAUUUUGCAAACGACUUUGGUAAAUACAGUAUGGGUUCUAUGAACGUUUCUAAUAUUGAUAUUACUGUAACGCAACCUUAUUCUGCGGAAACUGGAUCUAUUAACAAGACUGGACUGGAAAAAAUAAGCGACUCGACAUUUACACCCAGGUCUCCAGAAGCUUCCAUGAACGGGGAAGAAAAAAGAGCUUCGUACUUUUCCGGGAAUGAGAACGAGGACGAGGGAUUAGAUUUGUUUGGUGAUAAUGAAUUCGAAGAAGAAAAUUUACCGUACCAAGAUAAUGACUAUUCUUCCCAGUACCUGCACCCUACACCACCGUACACAAAUUAUGAUGACGAGUCUCCCUCAUCUCCUUCACAACCAUCCGAAGGAGCUGGUAAGAAGCAUAUUUUAGAAAACAAUGGUUCUACACAAGUGGACGUCACUGACGUUCCUAACAAGCGUCAACGUAGCGAUCAAGAACCAUCUCUCCAAACGAAUAAGGAUCAACCCGAGAAACAAGAACCUUCUUCCACCGACGUGCAAACAAACUCAAAUCUUCCUGUUGAACCUCCUUCUGAAGAGGUUUCUACUACCGCUGGCGGUAAUGCUCAUGUUAUGACAAGUGUACAGGACAGCGCAGCUGACGAGGACAAUUACUUUUCUGCGAAAGACUACCCCCCAAUGUCGAAAGAGCAGCACAAGUAUAUUCAUGCUAUGCUUCGUCAACUUCGCCGUGGUCGUGAUUCAAUCCCUUUUCGUGCUCCCGUUGAUCCAGUAAAACAAAAUAUUCCUGAUUAUCCUACAAUUGUGAAGCACCCGAUGGAUUUAGGCUCUAUUCAGAAAAAGUUUUCUAGUGGUCAAUAUGCGAGUGCCGAAAACUUUAUUGACGAUAUGAACUUGAUGUUUGACAAUUGCUUUCUUUAUAAUGGUACGGAAUCUCCGGUGGGUGUCAUGGGUAAGAACCUUCAGGCAACGUUUGAACGCCAAUUAAAGCAACUGCCUUCCGCGUAUAUUACAAGCUCAUCUAGACCAGGUCGACGUCCUCGUAACGUGCCUGCAGCUACUAGACCGACCAGUGGUCGGACGCGAAGACAAUCUGCUUUGUCAUCUAGCCGGGAUAACAUGUACGACAUAAAACCCCAUCGCAGGAAAGAUGCGGCAGAGAUGAAGUUUUGCCAAUCUGUUUUGAAGGAGUUGUUAAAAAAACAACAUGAGUCCUAUGCAUAUCCUUUCUACAAACCGGUGAAUCCCAUCGCUUGUGGCUGUCCGGACUAUUAUAAAGUCAUCAAGCAUCCCAUGGAUCUCUGCACUAUGCAAAACAAAUUGAACCACAAUGAGUAUGCUUCUCUUAAAGCAUUCGAAGCUGAUAUGUUGCUCAUGUUUAAGAAUUGCUACAAAUUUAAUCCGGCUGGUACACCAGUGCAUAUCAUGGGUAAAAAACUUGAAUCUGUCUUUCAGAAACUGUGGGCUGAACAGCCUGAUUUCGACUCUGAAACAUUUAGCUCACUUUCCUCUGUGAAUCCCGACUACUACUAUGGUGACAAUGAUGUCUUUGACAGUGCAGAUGAGUUUAUGGAAGAUGACGGAGAAGAAUUUGAAGCUGUUAAUAGACAGAUUUAUAGACUUCAGAGUACUUUACGUGCAAUGAAGACACGUGCUCGCUCCUCUUCAGUUUCUCAUCGGUCUCGUUCUCGAAGCCUUAGUAUUGACCAGUAUCCGCCCAUCACUUAUGAAAUGCAGAAUGAACUAGCCGAACAAUGCAAUUAUUUAACGGCUGAUCAAUUGACACAUGUCGCCGAAAUCUUACGUUCUGCAUUACCGCAUCUCCGUAAAACCGAUGAAAUUGAAAUUGAUGUUUCGUCGAUGCCUCCAGAUGUGUUCUUUAAGGUAUAUUACUAUGUUUGCAAGGGUGAUGAGUCGGCUGCAGACCACAUCUUAAUGUCACCUCAACCACAGAAGGAUGAAAGAAAAGGUCGCGCCUUGUCAGAAAGUGAGCAGGCUGAAAAGAUACGCUUGCUUCGUGCUCAACUUGAUCGCUUUGCGGGAAUAACCAACCAGAAUAAAGGAGUGAACAAUCCAUCAGCUGCUUAUCAGUCGAAGGCAUUUGCUACGGACGAAUCGUCUUCCGAAGAUGAUGGCGAAAGCAGCGAAAGCAGUAAUUCAGCAUGAGCUUGGUGCGGGAAGAAAUUUGUUUUCUUUAAUUUCAAGGUUUCGGUUUGUCUUUCUUAUUAUAUUAAUUCUUGUUAUUUCUAAUUAUCGGGUUUCUUACGCUGUACAUAUUAUAUAUAUAUGUGUUUUUGCUUAUGUUGAAUUUCUUUAAUACUUUCACAUUCUUUAUCGUUGAACAUCUUUCGCUCGCAUGAUCUUCCCGUAACGGUUUACUUCGUGGUUUCAGAUUCGAAAUCUAGUUCCAAUUUGUUAUGAUUCUUUUGAUAUAAUGUUUUUUUUUUGGUGAACUGUUUGAAUCACUCUGUCGGUUUUCUCUUUGUAUUUCACUCUAAUUUACUUUUUUUUGCGAUUUUAAAAGCACCGUUUUGUUUUAUCUGUACUGAAAACCGCAGUUGUGAUUUACCAUGUUUCAUCCUGUACACUAGUUAGCGUUUAUAUUUUCAUACGUUUAAUAAAAAUAUUUUCCAAGAUUAAUUAUGGUAAAAGACUUGUACAAUUAGAAAGGGA